CCUUCAACCGUUCAGAAAAGGCCGCGCUUUCGGAACCGUUUUUAGCAGUUUUACGGGUUUUUGUGCCGUUUUCGUCCGUUUUUCCAGGCCGGUCCUAUCGCAAAGUGUGCUUCCGGGCAGCAAACUGCGAGCGAACGUGAAAACCAAAGCAAACAAAGCAGAAGCAACAAAUUACCAACGGCAGCGGAGCCCUCUACGUUCUGCGUGUUUUGAGCGAAAGAACAACCGGAAAGGUUCACCGCGUCCUGCCGAUCCGAGAAGAGCGUUAUCCUUCUUUCGUGAACUUUUGUGUUCCUGUGUGUGUGUGUGUCUUUUCACCGAAAUCGUUGCAACUGAAGCAACAGCGCCAGCGAUAGCGAAAGAAUCGUCCUCAAGGCAGCCCACAGCAGUAGUUAUCGUCUCGGACACGGCGGAACGCGAUCUCGGCAGCAGGAAAAGGAUGUCGCUGCACGUAUCGAACCAAACGACCGGACGCCGGUCGACACAGGUGUAUCCGAGUGGUUUCGGUGCUCCCCCGGCCACCGGUGGCGCGAGUGGCAACAACACCACACCGACUAACGGUUCGGGAGGCGGUGGUUCUGGUGGUGGCCGAUCAUCGAAAAGUGGUUCCGGUGGCAAGCAAUCGAUGAUUCCCGUGCUCACUACAACGCCGGUUGCUAGCAACAACGAAAGUGCUACCGUUGGAGGCGCUAAUACAACGUCGUCGCAUUUACCUCAGUGGGAAAAGCUGCAGCAGCAGUACCAACAAGACCAUCAGCAGCAGCUAAUUUUAGCCAAACAGCAACAGCAACAGCAGCAACAGCAACAGCAGCAACAGCAACAGCAGCAGCAGCAACAGCAGCAAGGAGGUUCAGUUGCUAAGGAAACGAAAAAGCAAGCUAACACUAAUGGCAGUAGCAACAAUGGUACAAGUAAUGGUUCUACCGAUAAGGGUGCUGCUACCACCGGUAGCGCGGCUGCCCAGCCAGCGGUUUCCGAAACCGUUCCCAAAGUGCGUGACAGUCCCCGUUCCAGUGGUCGCUCGGUAACACCUCAGCAACAGCAAAAGCAACCGUCCGAGCAGGCCAAUGUUGCUGGCACUCCGCCGAAAACACCGGAAAAGCAAAAGCAGACUACCCCUUCGGGUAGCAACAGUGGCAACAAGCAACAGCAGAAGCAACAGGUCCAGCAGCAGCCGCAGCCGCAGCCGCAGCCAGAUGAGGUUAAAACACCGGCUGCAGUGUCGGCGUCACUGUUGGCCGAGAAAACGCUACACGGAUUCGAUGGUGAUGAGAUGGAAUCGUUGCUGGUGGAACCGGACAACGAGGAAUCCCCAAAGCAAGCCGGUGAUUCGCGUGUCCUUAAUUACUUGGAUAAACCGUCUGAUGCCAGUACUCCUUCCAAGCCGGCAACAGUGGGCGAUGCAUCACCAACAGCGACGAUCGAAGGAGGCGCAAUCGAUGAACCGUUCAUCAGCCGCCCCUUGCGCUCGAUCUCGGGACGUCGAUCGACGCGCCCGAUCGCCAACAUCAUGCUGACGUACCGUCGGUCGACCGAGCUGAACGACUCCGUUUCGAGCAUGAACGUCACGAUCGGAUCGGAUAUUCACAACGACAGUCUGCGCACGCCGCUGUCCGCUUCUCGCAAGCGCAAGGAUCUGAGCCCGCAGUCGAUUGCAGCGGGCGAUGGUGGUGCCGGUGGUGAGGGACUUGAAAGCCCCAAGCGUGCUCGGUUGGAUUUUAGCGGAUUUCUCGACAUGGUCUCGACCCCCGUCACGAUGCUCAAGAAUCGGCUGUCACGUGUGAGACUGCACACGAGUAGCACUCCAGGGACACCGCAAGGAAAUGCCGACCAACCGUUGGCCGCCGCGCUGGAAGAGGAAACGAGCGCCGCUGUACCGGUUACGACUGCUGCGACGGUGGCCGAUGAUGAGGCAGCCACUGCUGCAGCCGCCAAUGACAGCAACAAGUCGGCGAUGCAGGUCGAUGCUGUCGAGGAGCAGCUGACGGACGACAAAAAGGGCGAGAAGGAAGGAACGGAUGUCGGAACGGAAAGCUCCGAUGCCGCCGUGGUCGAGGAUGGAGAGGAGGUGCUGGUGAAGGAUGUCACGGACAAGCAGAAGCAAUGGUGUAGUAUUAUGUAAAGACACCAUCGCUUUCAACCUGGGUCUACAUCACCCGCACAACUAGCAGCAGGUCGUCAUGCAGCAGGGCAAACGCGUUUUUCAACAUCAUCCACCCUUCUACAACUGUGUUGAUGCACCCUAGGCGAGUUAGGCGAGCGCAACAGGUUACGAGCACGAGUUUUCCUGUUUGUUCUGUUUCGUGUAGUUUAUGUCUCAUUUCGGCUAGUGCUCUCCAGAAACUAGCCUGUGGUGGUAUUUCGAAUACAACACACAAAGACACGCAGUUGUCUGUCUGUGUCUUUUAGCCAGUUACCCGUUCUAGUGAAGGGGUAUCUUCAGUUUUGUUAGCGUUAGUCCCUAGUAUCGUCCGUCGCAGAACGGUCCGCAGAGACCGUAUUCUACACUUUUUAACUGUCCUUUUCCUCUGUUCGAUUCAGUUUCAGCUUUUUAGUUAUCUCUCUCACUCACUCACUCUCAAGCGUACUCCGACAUAUCUAGUUUCUGCGAGCGUUAGAUAAGCUGUCUAAUGUCGAUCUGAUAUUGGAUACAUAUUGGUUAUAGUAUUGAGCAAAGGGACAUUUUAAUAGAUGUCGAGGCGAGGGGUGGCUGAUCCUGAGCGGGAUUUAUAUGAUGAUAAGAGAGACAGUGACGGCGAGGGAAAGUGUUCUGUUUGAAUAUGGCAUUAUGAAAUGAAAGACAGGAUGAAAACAAAAAAUCUUUAGAUCGGAGAGAACGGAUUAAUAAGGAUAAAAUAGCAUAACGAAAAAAACAAAAAAAUAACCGAUCAAUCGCGCCGAAUAUGGACACCCCGAAAAUGUGCCCACCACUCUCCCCGUUUUAGCUCGCUUCACGUAAGGCAGCAAAUUUUAUUUUGAACAUCGAGUGAUUGAAAACAGAAAAAGGGGUUUGCAUUAACUGUAGAAAUCCGUGCUAAUGGCCCCCCCUCUCACAAAACAGAUUAUCAUUACAUGAGUAAGCAGCAAACAUAUUGGUACAACAUAGUUCGUGAAGAGCACACAGAUGCUAGGUGACAGAGAAUGAGAUGAAAACGAACGGGAAAAUGGCAUUGGGCGAGGUCAUGAAAUUGUUAUCAGUGUCAAAUCGAUCGAGUAGCGAGCUUGUGGAACCGAUCGAUUAAUUGUUCUUCCACUGAUCGCCGAAUGUCAGGCCAGAAGAAAAAGAAACGAAGCUCAAUUUUUGAUUGUUUGAGAAUCGGAAGGAAUUCAAAACGAAUUACAGAGCAACUCAUUGUCGUCUACGUCGUAAAGAAUGUGUUUCUUGCAAUCAUUUAUACAAAUACUUUAAUAGGAAUAAAAUACAAAUACCCAA